AUGGCCCGCCACAAACAACAGCAACGUCAACCCCGCCGUCGAUCCCAGAGUAGUGGACGUGAUUCUGCCGUGAUUGGACGAAGACGACGACAGAGUGCCGGAAGCAACAGCACCGGCAGUAGUAGUGGCAGUGGAAGUGUCCUCGCCGAAGCCCUCAGUCGACGACGACCCGAUCCUCCACGACGAAAGAGAAGAAUGAGGCCUGGCCAAAAGGCUCUGAAAGAAAUUCGGCAGUACCAAAAGAGUACGGAUCUCUUGUUGCGACGAUUGCCAUUUGCUCGCUUGGUACGAGAAAUUCAAAUGAGCAUGUCCAAGAUCCCCUAUCGAUGGCAAGGGACGGCCCUUUUGGCGCUACAAGAAGCGGCAGAAGCACAUUUGGUCGGGCUCUUUCACGAUUGUAACCUCUGUGCGCAACAUGGAAAACGAGUCACCAUCAUGCCCAAAGAUAUGCAAUUGGCACGACGCAUUCGUGGGCCACUGAGGGAGUAG